AUGUCUCCUCUCGGUCUCCAGGAAAAGUUUGAUAACGCCGUUGAUAUGGAUGAGGUUCUUAUCAGUGUUGGUAGUAAUGGCAACAACAUUGUGUUGACUGAUGAGCGCGAAUUCGAUUCGCCCGAUGAGGUGUUUGAGAAUCUUUGCAAGAGUUCCAUCGAACAGAUACCUACUGAGAUCGAAUUCAGUCCUCUAGCCGCCAUCGGUGCCAAACUCCCCAAAGGUGCGAAGAAGGGCAACGGCACGGUCAAACCACGUUCCAUCCAAGAAUCCCGUCCGCGUGCCCCUCCUAGGGCUCGAUUAUUGCGUUCUAGCUACUCAAGAGCCGCGAAGAUCAAUGGUAAAGAUGCCGGCGAUGAAGGAUCCAUGACAAAACCCACGACUGCACGCAAGAGAGUGACAAAGACCGCAAUAAAGAAACUCGUUGACGUCGAAGGUGAUUCAACUUCUAUCGAUAAAGCGUCUAAGCCUGACCGCUACCAGCCCCGGCCGGGCUCAAGGCGGAAGCGGAAAACAAACGCCGUGUUUGGGGAUGUCGCUGAGCACCAACAGAACGCCUAUGACCCCAUAUGUCUACAAAGCAACCAGCCUUUCGCGAAAAUGCUACAGGAUGCCUCAAGUGCCUUGAAGAUCAUUUCUAGCCUCGACGCAGAGCUUAAUACACCCUUGUCUCAAAAGAUUCUCAAAAAUAAGGAUCUCCACGACGCUGCAGUGAAGAAGUAUCGAGACAAACAAAUCGAAAUCUUCAAGGCCAUCUGCGAGACUGAGCCAGAAAAUCGUUUGAAGAUGCUCCGGGUCCUAGAACUCUCCUGGAACGGAAGAUAUUCAUUCCAAAACUUCAAAGCGUGCUUGGAAAGCAAAAGAUAUCGGGAUUUUCUUCUUGCAAACCUUCAACUUCUGUAUCAGGCCAUCAUCGAUGGCCCUGAAUCUCUCAAUUUGGGUGAUUUCAAAUCUGGUGCAGCCUCUGGGCUUUCUAUGGCCUAG